UCCAAGCGUCAAAUGCGUAUUUAUAAAUAGUGUGGCGUACGAGUUCAUCGCAAGCCGAAGUUACUUUUCGGUAAUUAAACGUCAAAAUGGUUGAUAUGAAAAGUACUGUGAGUUUUGCAUGUCAGCGAUGUUUACAACCUCUCAGACUAGAUCCAAGUUUUUAUCAUCUCGGAGAACACACACUCGCAGAACUUUCACUUCCCAUCCAACAACAAGUGGUAGGUGAAAUAGAACCCCAGUGUGGAAGCAUGGAACACUUAAUGCCACCAUUUAAAUUAACUGAAUCUGCGAAUGGAAAUAAUGGAUUCAUGUUAGUUGGUGACUCUGGUGAAACAGAAAAUCUAAGCCAUCAUUUAAAGGUACGAGCAACAUUGUUUGACAUUCUUAGUAGUAGUAGCUCUGCUGAUCACCCACUCUGUGAUGAAUGUACGGAUAGUCUUUUAUUAUUAAUGGAUCAACAAUUAAGAAUGACUGAAGGAGAAUGGUCAGAUUACAACGAGUACAUAAAAAAAUUAGAAGUAGAACAACAACACCAGGGUCAUGAAGACAUAGAAAUGGAAACACUCACAAAAGAAUUGCAAGAUGUAAAAUCUGAAGAGGAAAGAAUGAUAAGUGAAUUAGAAGCAUUAAGAAAGGAAGAAAUUGCAACUAGAAAUGCUAUAGCUCAACAGGAGAGGGAAAGGGAAAGGUUACAAAGCGAAGAGGAAAGGUAUUGGAAAGAAUAUUCAAAACACAAAAGAGAUCUUAUAUUAGCAGAAGAUGAAUAUCAUAGUUUGGAGUGUCAAUUAGCAUAUGCUGCAUCACAACUAGAGAGACUGAAGAAAACAAACGUUUUUAAUACUACAUUUCAUAUCUGGCACUCAGGGCAUUUUGGAACUAUAAAUUCUUUUCGAUUAGGCAGACUGCCAAGUGCACCAGUAGAUUGGAGUGAAAUAAAUGCUGCUUGGGGACAAACCACUUUAUUAUUAACAGCACUUGCUAGAAAAAUGAACCUCACAUUCAAACGUUUUCGUCUAGUACCAUUUGGUAAUCACAGUUAUAUCGAAGCUCUAGACCAACACAGAGAACUUCCUUUAUACGGAAGUGGAGGAUUUAAAUUUUUAUGGGACACAAAGUUUGAUGCAGCAAUGGUAGCAUUUCUUGAUUGCUUGCAACAAUUUAAAGAACAGGUAGAAAAAGGAGACAGUGGUUUUUGCCUUCCAUAUCGAAUGGAUCGUGGAAAAAUAGAAGAUUCUGCAACAGGCAACUCUUAUUCCAUCAAAAUUCAAUUUAAUUCAGAGGAACAAUGGACCAAGGCAUUGAAAUUUCUAUUAACCAACUUAAAAUGGGGUCUUGCUUGGGUUAGUUCCCAGUUCACAAAAGAUGAGGCUGAGCAUUAAUUUCA